AUGUCACCCACGCCCGACGCUCACCGCAAGGGCCUCGAGCCUGACUCGAUAACCGUUCAAGAGACUGUGGAUCGUCAAACAACUGGAAUAUCUGGAGAUGGCGACAAGUACUCCCACGACGCUCCUAAUGGAGUCGAUCGCUCUAACUCUGAAAUCCAUGAAGAAGCCGGUGUGAGCAGGGUCGAAGCCUUCAACAAGGCGAUGUACCAGUCAGGCGAAACGGGAAAAAUCCUGCUCUGGCUUCUGGGAAUCUCUAUCUGGUUGACCAUGUUUGCGUACGCGCUUGACAUGGGUAUUACUACCAGCAUUUUCGGCACCCUGGCCACUUCGACCUUCGGUCUUCACAGUCAGCUCGGCGCUGUCAACACCGCCAGCCAAAUCAUUCGCGCCAUUAGCAAGCCCUUCAUUGGAAAACUUGCAGACAUCACCUCGCGACCGACAACCUACGUAACUAUCUUGGCGUUCUAUGCAGUCGGUUUCGCCGUCGCUGCAAGCGCCAAAAACUUCUCAUCCUACACCGUCGGUAUCUGCUUCACCGCAGUUGGAAAAUCGGGUCUCGAUCUCCUGAGCGAUAUCAUUGUGGCCGAUCUGACUCCUCUGGAAUGGCGAGGUUUCUUCAGUGCAUGCCUCUCCCUCCCCUUCGUCGUUACAGUCCCCAUCAACGGUUUCAUUGUCGAGGGAUUCGAGGAUAACUGGAGAUGGGCGCUGGGAAUGUUCGCUAUUCUGGUGCCUGCCCUUCUCAUCCCCGCUAUCAUAACGCUCUAUGCGAUGCAACGACGUGGCGAGAAAUCAGGCAUGGUCACCUUGGCCCAUUCGAAAGAUGUUCGCACUGGCGCCGCCACGAAUUCGCCCCAGACCUUUGACUUUUGGGCAAAGAUGGCCUACCAGGGUUUCAUCGAGAUUGAUAUUAUUGGCCUCAUCAUUCUUGGCUUUGGGUUUUCUUUGAUUCUAUUGCCCUUCACUCUUGCAGAAGGUGCUAAAGGUGGCUGGUCCAAUCCUAGAAUGAUUGCCAUGAUUACUGUUGGAUUCGUCUGUCUCAUUAUCUUUGUCCUGUUUGAAGUAUUUGUCGCACCUCAUCCGAUCAUGACCAAGCGCGUCAUAAACAACAGAGCGUUCAUCGCGGGUGUCUUCAUCCACACCUUCAACCAGAUGGCUUCGUCCGUCCGCAACACUUAUUUCUCGUCUUAUAUUUACAUCAUCAAGGAUUGGACUUCCUACGAGUGGACUAUCUUCUUGGGUGUUACCACAAUGGGUCUAUCUUUGGUUGGACCUUUUGUAGGCCUCAUCCACCGAGUGUCUCACCGUUACAAGAAUGUCAUGGUUUUUGGUGCUGCGGCCAAGAUUGUUGGCUAUGCCAUCCUCGUUCAAGGCAAUGGAAACAUGACUCAGGAUACUGCCCGACUGGUUGCUUCCCAGUUGAUUUUCUGUCUCUCUUCGCUGAACGUCGUUGGUGCCCGUGUUGGUGUUCAGGCAUCUGUCCCUCACGAGGAUGUGGCCUCCAUAAUCUCCAUCAUCUCUCUGUGGUCCACCCUGGGAUCUAGUAUCGGUAGCGCCGUCGCGUCGGCUAUCUGGACCAACCAGAUGCUCAAAGAGAUGUUCAAACAGCUCCCCGGCGUUCCCAGUGAAACAAUCACUGACAUUUACGGGGACAUCAAGGCACUGCGGACAGGCUAUGAUUUCUUAGAUCCAAUUCGCCAAGGUUCUAUUCGUGCUUACUCCAUUGUGAACGGAAAUAUUACCGUUGCUUCAAUCUGCCUCGCCGCCAUUCCGCUUAUUGCGUCCUUCUUCAUGCCUGAUUACUACCUUGGUAAGCAGCAGAACGCAAUCAACAACCGGGGCGUCGACGGUGAGGUCGUCGAUAUUCCGGAUCAGCAUUCGGAGAGGAGAGAUGCGCAGAAUGAAUCUGUGCCACUAUGGCGCAAGGUUAUUUCGUUGUAUCGUAAGUAG